UGAGCAUGUGCAUGGAGCUCAACUUCCAGCUUUUUUUGGUCUGGGAAAAAAGAAAUUCCACAGUCAUCUAGGAGGCACAGGAGGAAGCAGAGCUCACAAGAAGAUAGCUGAUCAAGCAUAUUUACCCUCCGUGUCCUCAGCCAAGGAGGACAAUGGUACUAAUCCAGGUGCCAGGACUUAUCCUAGUUGUACUGUUUGGAAUUGCACAUUCUCAAGAGCCGGAGUUCAGCCAUGGAUGUGCAGAAGGCAGCUGCUACCCAGCAACCGGUGAUCUGCUAAAUGGACGGUCUCAGCAACUUAGUGCAUCUUCUACAUGUGGUCUCCAGAAACCUGAGUCAUUCUGUAUUGUUAGCCAUCUCCAGGAUGAAAAGAAAUGUUUUGCAUGUGACUCACGAAAACUAUACAACAUUGAUGAUAAUACGGAUAGUCAUCGUAUUGAAAAUGUAGUCACCACUUUUGAUCCAAACCGUCUUAAUUUGUGGUGGCAGUCAGAAAAUGGUGUGGAAAAUGUCACAAUCCAGCUGGAUCUUGAAGCAGAAUUCCAUUUCACUCAUCUCAUCAUGACCUUUAAGACCUUCCGGCCAGCUGCAAUGGUAAUUGAAAGAUCAGCAGACUUUGGUAAAACAUGGAAAAUGUACAGAUAUUUUGCAUAUGAUUGUGAUUCGUCAUUUCCUGGAGUCUCUGUUGGACCAAUGAAAAAAGUUGACGAUGUCAUUUGUGACUCUCGAUACUCUGACAUUGAACCUUCCACAGAGGGAGAGGUUAUAUAUCGUGUCUUAGAUCCAGCUUUUCGUAUUGAUGAUCCAUAUAGUCCUAGGAUUAAAAGCUUGUUAAGAAUUACAAACUUAAGAAUAAAGUUUCUAAGGCUCCACACCUUAGGUGAUAACCUUUUGGAUUCACGAGUGGAAAUAAAAGAGAAAUACUACUAUGCCAUUUAUGAUAUGAUUGUUCGUGGUAACUGUUUCUGCUAUGGACAUGCUAGUGAAUGCGCACCUGUAAAUGGAUAUUCCGACAAUGUGGAAGGAAUGGUACAUGGACGCUGUGUUUGUAGACAUCACACAAAAGGUUUAAACUGUGAACAGUGUAUGGACUUUUAUCACGACUUGCCUUGGAGACCAGCAGAAGGUCGUAGCAGUAAUGCUUGUAAAAAAUGCAACUGUAAUGAACACUCUACACAAUGUCACUUUGACAUGGCUGUAUACAUGUCAACUGGGAAUACAAGUGGUGGAGUGUGUGAUGAUUGCCAGCAUAACACAAUGGGACGGAACUGUGAGCAGUGCAAGCCAUUCUUCUAUCAGCAUCCAGACAAAGACAUACGUGACCCAAACAUCUGUCAUCCUUGUAAUUGUGACCCAGCUGGAUCCCAAAAUGAUGGCAUCUGUGACCGUUAUUCUGAUUUCUCAGUGGGUCUUAUUGCUGGCCAAUGUCGAUGCAAGGCAAAUAUUGAGGGAGAACGCUGUGAUCAGUGCAAAGAAGGAUACUAUAACUUGAAUGCAGAAGAUCCAGAUGGAUGCCAGCCUUGUGGAUGCAAUCCCCUUGGAACUAUUCCUGGUGGCAAUUCAUGUGACUCGGUAGAAGGAAACUGUUAUUGCAAGCGUUUCGUAAUGGGAAAGCAAUGCAACCAGUGCAUGCCUGGAUUCUGGGGUUUGAGCAAUGACCUGGAUGGAUGUCGACCUUGUGACUGUGACCGUGGUGGAUCAUUUGAUAACACCUGUUCACCUGAGUCAGGCCAAUGCCGCUGCAGACCACACAUGAUUGGUCGCCAGUGCAAUGAAGUGGAGUCUGGCUUUUAUUUCAUCUCUUUAGACCAUUACAUCUAUGAAGCAGAGGAUGCAGAUUUUGGCCCUGGUGUGAGAACUGUUGAACGCCAGCAUCCUCAGGAUCGCACCCCAUCCUGGACAGGACCUGGGUUUGCCCAUGUUCCAGAAGGAGGAUACUUGGAGUUUCACAUUAAACAUAUCCCAGUCUCAAUGGAGUAUGAUCUUUUAAUUCGCUAUGAACCACAGCUCCCAGAACAAUGGGAAGAAGCAGUGAUAACAGUUAUUCGUCCCGGGAAAAUUCCCACAAGUAGUAGAUGUGGUAAUACCAUCCCAAGUGAUGACAAUCAGAAUGUAGCAUUGCCUCCAGGAUCCCGGUAUAUAGUUCUUCCUCGUCCUAUCUGCUUUGAGAAAGGUCUGAAUUACACCAUACGACUGGAGUUGCCACGAUAUUCAGUUAACUCUAAUGUAGAAAAUCCUUACACAUUAAUUGAUUCUAUUGUCUUGCUGCCUCAUGUCAAGUCUCUGGACAUAUUCAGCUCCGGAGGGUCAGGAGAUGAUGUCAGCAAUGCCUGGCAGACAUUCCAGAGAUACAGAUGUACAGAGAACAGCCAAAGUGUUGUGAAAACUCCUCUCACAGAUGUCUGCAAAGACUUCCUCUUCAGCAUCUCCGCCCUUCUGCAUGAGGGGGCCCUGGAAUGUCAGUGUGAUCCUCAAGGCUCUCUAAGUGCUUUAUGCGACCCGAACGGAGGGCAGUGCGAUUGUCGCCCAAAUGUGGUCGGAAGGAAUUGUGAUAAAUGUGCACCUGGAACUUAUGGCUUUGGGCCUAGUGGAUGCAAACCUUGUGAGUGCAAUGUUAAAGGAUCUUACCAUUCCUUCUGCCACCGUGAGACCGGUCAGUGUCCAUGUAUCCAUGGUGCCUAUAGAAGACAGUGUGACGCAUGUUUACCUGGCUACUGGGGAUUCCCUAACUGUCAGCAGUGCCAAUGUAAUGGACAUACUGAUGAGUGCAAUACCCUUACCGGAGAGUGCACUGGCUGCAGAGAUCACACUGAAGGUUACAGCUGUGAAAGAUGUUUGGCUGGUUAUUAUGGCGAUCCCAGGCUUGGUUCAGGUGAUCACUGCAGACCUUGCCCAUGCCCAGAUGGACCUGGGAGUGGGCGCCAGUUCGCUAGUGGGUGUUACAAAGACACUACAACUGAGCAUGUUGUAUGUACAUGUAAUAAAGGUUAUACAGGUGUUCGCUGUGACGGCUGUGUGUCUGGCUAUUAUGGAAACCCAGAAGAAAAUGGUGGUACCUGCCAACCUUGUAACUGCAACAAUAACAUAGAUAUGUCUGAUCCACUGGCUUGUGAUAAACAAUCAGGAGUAUGUCUAAAGUGCCUCCAUCACACAGAGGGUGAAAACUGCCAACAAUGUCAGCUCGGGUACUAUGGCAGUGCAAUUCAUCAGGAUUGUAAAAAGUGUGUCUGUAACUACCUGGGCACUGAACAGGAGCACUGUCAGGGAGAUGUCAGUUGCCACUGUAAUAGAACCACUGGCCAGUGUCCUUGUCUGAAGAAUGUGGUUGGACAGAGCUGUGAUCACUGUGCACCAAACACCUGGAAUUUAGCCAGCGGAAAUGGUUGUGAGCCAUGUGGUUGUGAUCCAGGUCGUUCUCUGGGGCCAUCUUGUAAUGAGUUCACUGGACAGUGUCAUUGCAUGCCCGGUUUUGGAGGGAGGAACUGCAGUGAAUGCCAGGAACUUUUUUGGGGGAAUCCAGAUUUCGAAUGCAAAGUCCAGGAGUACUAUGAACUGCGUGAAGACUCAUCUUUAGGGGUGGACAGAGGAGGAAGCUGGAGACAGCGCUGGAGCUUGGAGAAG